AUGAGUGCCACUCAAGAUGAUGCUCUGUCGGCCAACCGAGCCUUUGUAUUGCAUCCUGGAGGCCAGUUUACUUUCGAGAGCCGCAGCGUGCCCACCCUCGACUCUGAUCGAGAUGUCUUGGUUCGAGUAGUUGCAACCGGUCUAUGUGGUUCUGAUGUCCAUUACUGGCAACAUGGUCGAAUUGGACGGUAUAUCGUGGAGGCUCCGAUCGUCCUAGGCCACGAGUCAUCUGGAGUCGUGGUCAAGUGCGGAAGUGCUGUUGGAGGACUUUCUAUCGGUGAUCGUGUUAUGCUCGAGCCUGGAUUCGCCUGUAAUACCUGCCAUUAUUGUCGCGGUGGUCGCUACAACCUUUGUGAAGCUAUGCACUUUGCAGCAACCCCUCCUUAUGAUGGAACGCUCGUCAAAUACUACCGUGCCCCUUCCGAAUACUGUUAUAAGCUUCCAUCGCACGUCUCGCUACGGGACGGCACUUUGAUUGAACCCCUCAGUGUCGCCGUGCAUAGUUGUCGACAAGCAGGCAUCAUGCAGGAAAAGUCCGUGGCAGUAUUCGGAGCCGGUCCGGUCGGGUUGCUCUGCUGUGCCGUCGCGCGCGCUUUUGGAGCAUCUACAGUGGUUGCCAUAGAUGUCGUCCCGAGUCGUCUGGAAUCUGCCAUGAAGUAUGGCGCCACGCACACAUACCAAAUGGGAUCUGCAUCCCCAGAACAAAAUGCCAUCGAUAUGUUGGCUGCUACGGGAUUGGAAGACGGUUUUGAUAUCGCCUUGGAUGCAACCGGGGCAGAGGCCUGCUUGGCUUGUGGUAUCCACGCUCUCACUCGGGGCGGUGUAUUCGUGCAAGUGGGACUGGGAAAGCCCAAUCUUUCCCUUCCUGUUGGUCAGAUCUGUGAUAAAGAAGUCAUGUUCAAAGGAAGUUUUCGAUAUGGACCAGGUGACUUCAAAUUAGCGAUUGGACUCUUGAACUCGCGCCGAGUAAGGCUGGAUGGCCUCGUCACCCAUGAGUUUCCUUUCAGCCGAGCAGAGGAUGCAUUCAAAAACGUUGCCGCUCGAGCUGGUAUCAAAAGUGUCAUAUAUGGCCCGGACGCGGACGAAGAAGAGGCAAGCAGGGGUUCGGAUUAG